CCAACUGUAGCGCGCACCUCCCCGCAUUUUCCCCGGCUUCUUGGCGGGAGGGCCCUCGGCGAUCGGCGCGGAGAGGGGCCACCGCUGAGAGCCCAGUCCCAGCCUGGCCACCACGGAGCCCAGCUGCCAAUUCCUGCUGCCACCCGCCCCCUCCUCUCAGCACAGGACAAGAAUGGAGCUCCAUUUUGGCUCCUGCCUCUCCGGCUGUUUGGCUCUGCUUGUCUUGCUGCCCUCCCUGAGCCUAGCACAGUACGAGGGCUGGCCCUACCAGCUCCAGUACCCUGAGUACUUCCAGCAGCCCGCUCCCGAGCAUCAUCAGCGGCAGGUGCCCUCCGAUGUGGUCAAGAUCCAGGUCCGCCUGGCGGGCCAGAAGAGGAAGCACAAUGAGGGCCGCGUGGAGGUCUACUACGAAGGCCAGUGGGGCACGGUGUGCGACGAUGACUUCUCGAUCCACGCCGCCCACGUGGUCUGCCGGCAAGUGGGCUAUGUAGAGGCCAAGUCCUGGGCUGCUAGCUCCUCCUAUGGUCCAGGCGAAGGCCCCAUCUGGUUGGACAAUAUCUACUGCACUGGCAAAGAGUCGACCCUGGCAUCUUGCUCCUCCAAUGGCUGGGGUGUCACUGACUGCAAGCACACUGAAGACGUUGGAGUGGUGUGUAGUGAGAAAAGAAUUCCUGGCUUCAAAUUUGACAAUUCGUUGAUCAACCAAAUAGAGAGCCUAAAUAUACAGGUGGAAGACAUCCGGAUUCGGCCCAUCCUUUCUGCCUUUCGCCAUCGCAAGCCUGUGACAGAGGGCUACGUGGAGGUGAAGGAGGGCAAGGCUUGGAAGCAGAUCUGCAACAAACACUGGACAGCCAAGAAUUCCCACGUGGUCUGUGGCAUGUUCGGCUUCCCUGCAGAGAAGACCUACAACCCCAAAGCCUAUAAAACCUUUGCCUCUCGGAGGAAGCUGCGUUACUGGAAGUUUUCUAUGAACUGCACGGGCACUGAAGCACAUAUCUCCAGCUGCAAGCUGGGCCCUUCCGUAUCCCUGGACCCUGUGAAGAACGCCACCUGUGAGAACGGGCAGCCAGCUGUGGUCAGUUGUGUGCCUAGCCAGAUCUUCAGCCCCGAUGGACCCUCAAGGUUCCGGAAAGCCUACAAGCCAGAGCAGGAUCGUGUGUCUCCCCAGCAACCCUUGGUGCGCCUGAGAGGUGGAGCCCAGGUCGGGGAGGGCCGAGUGGAGGUGCUCAAGAAUGGAGAAUGGGGAACCAUCUGCGAUGACAAGUGGGACCUGGUAUCUGCCAGUGUGGUCUGCAGAGAACUGGGCUUCGGGACCGCUAAAGAGGCCAUCACAGGCUCCAGACUGGGGCAAGGGAUUGGGCCCAUCCACCUCAAUGAAGUCCAGUGCACGGGGACUGAGAAGUCCAUCAUAGAAUGCAAAUUCAACACAGAGUCUCAGGGCUGCAACCACGAGGAAGAUGCCGGGGUGCGAUGCAAUAUCCCCAUCAUGGGCUUCCAGAAAAAGGUGCGCCUGAAUGGAGGCCGCAAUCCCUAUGAGGGCCGAGUGGAGGUGCUAACAGAGAGAAAUGGGUCCCUUGUUUGGGGGACUGUAUGCGGCCAGAACUGGGGCAUUGUGGAAGCCAUGGUGGUCUGCCGGCAGCUAGGCCUGGGCUUUGCCAGCAAUGCCUUUCAGGAAACCUGGUACUGGCAUGGAAAUAUCUUCGCCAACAACGUGGUCAUGAGUGGAGUGAAGUGCUCAGGAACGGAGCUGUCCCUAGCACACUGCCGCCAUGACGAGGAGGUGGCCUGCCCCGAGGGUGGGGUGCGGUUUGGUGCUGGAGUCGCCUGCUCGGAAACUGCACCUGACCUGGUGCUUAAUGCUGAGAUUGUCCAGCAAACUGCCUACCUGGAGGACAGGCCCAUGUCCUUGCUGCAGUGUGCCAUGGAGGAGAACUGCCUCUCUGCCUCCGCUGUGCACACCGACCCCACAAGAGGCCACCGGCGCCUUUUACGCUUCUCCUCCCAGAUCCACAACAAUGGCCAGUCUGACUUCCGCCCCAAGAAUGGCCGCCAUGCGUGGAUUUGGCACGACUGCCACAGGCACUACCACAGCAUGGAAGUCUUCACUUACUAUGACCUGCUGAGCCUCAACGGCACCAAGGUGGCUGAGGGCCACAAGGCCAGCUUCUGCCUGGAGGACACUGAGUGUGAGGGAGACAUUCAGAAGAGUUAUGAGUGUGCCAACUUUGGAGAACAAGGCAUCACCAUGGGCUGCUGGGACAUGUACCGUCAUGACAUUGACUGCCAGUGGAUAGACAUCACCGAUGUGCCCCCUGGAGACUACCUGUUCCAGGUUGUCAUUAACCCUAACUAUGAGGUGCCAGAAUCCGAUUUCUCCAACAACAUCAUGAAGUGCAGGAGCCGCUAUGAUGGCUACCGCAUCUGGAUGUACAACUGUCACGUAGGUGGAGCCUUCAGUGAGGAGACAGAACAGAAGUUCGAACACUUCAGUGGACUUCUAAAUAACCAGCUCUCUGUGCAGUAAAGAAGAUCCUGGGCCAGGCAUGAUGGCUCGUGCCUGGAAUCCCUGCACUCAGGCUGAGGCAGGAGGAUUGCCACAAGAUUUCCACUCUGGACAUUAAACCAAGCUUCAGUUUCAAAAGAAAGGAAAGAAAGGAAGGAAGGAAGAAAGAGAGAGAGAGAGAGAGAGAGAGAGAGAGAGAGAGAGAGAGAGAGGGAAAGGGAAGAAAAAUGACUUAAUGGUCACUUACUGACUCCUGAGGGAAUACUGAUUACCACCUCUUUUCUAGCCAGAUCCAGCUGAGAAGAAAGGUGCUCAUUCACUCCCCAGGCACUGCUGUGUGUCCCUGUCCUGAGGCCUUAGGGGCAGGGCUCGGGCACAUGGCCAUGGAAACUUGAUGACAAGCUUAGAGCAGCUUAUCCCAUCCGAGCUUUGGCAUGUCCCAAGUGUGACAUCAUCUGUGCUCUGCACAGAUGGGCCAUUUUCUUCUGGGAACACAGCAGGUAUGAACUCAGCAACUGCAGAGGUGAUCAAGCUGAACUCCGUUUUUCCCCUUCUUAGGUCAUUUCUGGAAAACUUGAAUAUCAAGACCUCUGUAUUAAGUUUGUUUGGUUUUUGUUUUCUUUUGUUUUGUUUCUUCUCAUUGUACAAACUGCUUGGCAAAAUCAACUUGAGGAAGGAAGGCUUUAUGUGAGCUCGUGGUUUGAGGAACCAAUCUGUAGUGGCAAAGAAAGUAUUACAGCAGGAGCAUGAGGUGUCUGGUUCCAAAACUCACUUAUAGAGCUGAGGAUGACCUUGGACCUCUGAGCCUCCCUCCAGCUUCCACCUCCAGAGUGCUGGGAUCAAAUCCAGGACUGCACACUUGUAAGGCAACGUGCUCUCUAUCGGUUGUAGCUGCUUUCUGAGCACUUACCCUUCUCUGCUGCUCUAAACGUGUACGUGUUCUUUGCCUUACCGAUCCGCACAUUUUUCUGUCUCUGUGCUCCACUUGUUCAUUGUCACUGUGGGUCUGAGUAAGAGCAGUGACCAGAAAUGCAUAGCACAGCCUGAAUGCUACCCUGUCUUAAAAUGUCCUCUGCCAAGCAAAUGUGUCCAUUACUCUUGAGUUAAGACUCACUCGAGUGCUCAGAACACAGGCAGCAUGCAGCUGGAUUCUUGCCAGGGUGUAACAUGAUUGGCUUCUAGCUCAGUUUCGGAUAGAUAGAUAGUCCUUGGUUACCACUAAAACCUCCGGUACCAGGCCUCCACUCUCCACGUUCCACUUGGCGCUCUGGUCUUCCAAACUCCCACCACAAUAACCCAUUCAGUUCUGUUCUCUAAAAGCGCUCUAGGGUUUCUGGACUCAAAGUUCUAAGUUCUUCCAGAUUCUUCCCUCAAGCCAACCCCCAAAGCUCAAGUACUCCAUGACCACGCUUCUGACCUCAGUGAUCAGUGACAGUUCUGGUCUUCUGUAUUAUACUUGACAAAAACAACUUAAGGGAAGGCUUCUUUUGGCUUACAGUUCAAGAGUCCAGUCCCUCACAGCGGGUAAAACAUGGCAGCAGGAGCAGCUGGUCAUGUGGCAUCCACAUUCAGGAAGCAGAAUGUCGAAUGCAGGUGCUCAACUUGCUCUCACCUUUAUAUUCAGCCUACAACCCCAGCUCGUGGAAUGGUGCUACUGGUGUCUAGGGUGGGCCUUCCCUCUUGUGUUAAACCUCUUCUGGAGACACCCCUAUAGACCCACCCAGGGGUGUUUCCAUAGUGGUUCUAAAUCCCAGCUAGCUGAUAAUCAAGGUUAUCUAUAACAACCUCUUGCAGUUAAACCCACAUCUGUAUUCCAUGCAAUUAUAGCCACGACUUAAAGUACAAUAGCAAGGCAUACAUCCCAAGGCUCCAAGGGAUGGCUGAAGACUUGGAUGGUUCUGGGACAGGAUAGGAAGAGAAAGUCAUGGGGGAACAACAUGCAAGGGGCUCUUCACCUCAGAGCCUGGCUUCUGCCAGCUGAGAAUCCCAACACAGAUAACAUUGUGAAUGGUGCUAAUAUAGGGUCAGUAUUCAUUUUGCAUAUUUAUAUACAAUUAUAGAUAUACACGUAUAGAUAUUUCAAGUAAGAAUAUUAAAAUAGCAAGGAAUGAUAAUUAAGGCUGAAGUGUAAAUGGCCUUUUUCCUUUCCUGGCUGUAAACAUACAAUUCCCUACAACUUUGCCAGAAACCCCACUUACAGUAAAAGGCAAAUCUCAAGACUCCUAUGCUGGCCCAGUGUUUUCAUCUUAUCAUCGCGCAGUCCUAUCCAAGGUACCUCUGGAGCCACCUUAUAAUCUUACUAUCAAAAAGGGGAGGAGGUUGGGGGUGGGACUUAGAAAGCAAUCAAGCAACACCAAAGGCUUCGGGACUCCUGUGUGUAGCUAGUUAUUAAGACUCUUAAGAACUCUUGUCCUUGGAGAAGCCCGCAGCCCCGCUCUCUGGUGUGUCUUACUCUUUCCCUGAGCACCUCUUAACCCCUGUAACUUAAAUUUAUAUUUAAAAUAUUUUAAAUAAACGUUUAACUCUCUGCUUUA